AUCGCUUUCAACUUUGACCCCCAGAUGGAUCCAUCAUGGCUGAGAAAAGAAAUUCGAAGGACUAUAUUCUUCUGUUUCUUAUAAUUUUCGCCAUUUUUGUUCAUUUAUUGAUAUGUCCCUUUACCAAAGUUGAAGAGAGCUUUAACUUGCAAGCGAUGCAUGACAUUCUUUAUCACAGGCUCAACUUAGAAAAGUAUGAUCAUCAUGAAUUCCCCGGUGUGGUCCCCAGGACGUUUCUUGGACCAUUAUUUAUUUCAGCGCUUUCUUCGCCCUUGGUAUAUUUACUUUAUAUACUUGACGCACCAAAGUUUUAUUCACAAGUAAUAGUGAGGGGUUGUCUGGGUCUUUGUGUGACUUUUGCCUUAUGGAAGCUUCAGAGAGAGGUCAGAAAACAGUUCGGUUCGACAGCGGCCGCUCUGUUCUGCUUCAUGUGUGCGUCACAGUUUCACCUGGCGUUCUACAGCUCGAGGACACUGCCCAAUACAUUCGCUUUACCCAUAGUUCUUCUGGCUUUUACUUUUUGGUUACAACAAAACCUCAGCAUCUUUAUUUGGCUUUCUGCAUUUUCAAUCAUUGUAUUCCGGUCAGAAUUGUGUAUAUUCCUAGGACUUAUGUUGCUCAUGUCUUUGAUGAGCAGACGACUUUCUAUUUUACAAUUGUUGUACAUGGCCGUUCCAGCUGGUUUAUUUUGUCUAGCUUUAACAAUUGGCAUCGACUCUGUUUUCUGGAAGCAGCUGCUAUGGCCUGAAGGACAAGUUCUGUGGUAUAACACUGUCCUGAAUAAAAGCUCCAACUGGGGAACCUCUCCAUUUCUGUGGUAUUUCUACUCCGCCUUGCCUCGUGCAUUGGGUUCAACUAUACUGUUUGUUCCUCUUGGUGUGCUGGAUAGAAGAACUCGAAUGUUCCUGCUCCCUGCAGUGGGAUUUGUAUUUUUAUAUUCAUUCCUACCACACAAGGAGCUACGAUUUAUAAUAUACACAUUUCCCAUCUUCAAUAUAAUUGCAGCUCGGGGCUGUUCAUAUGUUUUGAAUAACUAUCAUAAAUCGUGGAUCUAUAAAGUGGGCUCUUUACUUGUGAUUGGUCAUUUAGCAGCUAAUGUGGUGUACACUGGUAUGUCUUUAUACAUCUCCCAUUUUAAUUACCCUGGUGGAAAAGCUAUGGAACAACUGCACUUAUUAAUACCACCAUCAGCAGAUGUUUCAGUUCAUAUUGACGUAGCUUCGGCACAAACAGGGGUUUCACGCUUUCUAGAACUUCAUGACAAUUGGAAGUAUGACAAGAGAGAGGAUAUUAUUCCAGGUGACUCGGAAAUGGAAGAAUUUUCUCAUAUUUUAAUGGAAGCAGAUCCAACCAAACUAAUUCCCUUGAAAGAAACUCAUAAAAUUAUAGCCUUUAUACCAUGCUUCAAGGAACUAGUAUUAAAUGUUUUUGAGGUACCACCAAUCCAUAUUAAACUUGAAAACAAACUGGUGCUGUUGGAAAAAAUCUCACAUACCACGUGAAUAUGACUAUUUGAAAUACACUUUUUUUAAUGACAUAAAAUGUUACAUGUGGAGAAGUUUUAACUUCCCGCGAGUAAAAAUGUAGUUAGCAUUGUGUUUAUUAUAUUCUUUCAGCAGAACAAACAUGAUGCCAACUAUAUUUUACUUGUGGUUGUCUCUGACCUUCUUUACUUCUGGAUCAGUUUAUCAUCAGAAUGCAGGAUUUCCUAUAUGUAGCUUUGUAGCUUAAAAAACAUUUUCUGUUCUUAUAGUUAUUCUAAUUCUUAUUUUUUUGGGAUAUUUUAAUUCUAAAUGCCAACAUAAAACUAUUUAUGUACUACACUUUUGUUAAAACAAUGUGCACCUUACUGAUUUAUUGGGGUUAUUAUUUUGUAAUAAAACUUACUAAACUCCACUGUGAAGCUGUAGCACUUUAAACACUGGACUCUUUCAAAUAUGUAUCCAAUAUCUUUUUGUUUUCUGCAUAGUAUUGAAUACUUAAAUAAUUGAGAAACUGGAUUCAGACAUUUAAGCCAUGUCUUGUACUAUUAGGAAAUAAUAAAAGGUUUAUGACCAGCCUUUAA